UCCUCAUCAACCGCCCAUCGAACAGUCAUCCGUCCCUGGACAUCAACAGUUCUCUCUCCAUAUCAUCGAUCUAAAGUUCUGAUCUUUCAAAUACCGUCGCCAUGUCCACCGAACGCAGCACCAGCAACCUUCUGUUGCCUCUCCGCGCAACUCAGAUUGUUCUGGCCAUCAUCAUCCUGGGUCUGACCGGUUAUGUCGCCAACGCGCUCACCGACAGCUACGCCGGCAUUGUAUUUGAAGCACCUGGCAAUGUGUCCUUCAACGUCUUCAACUCCGUCUGGACCAUCCUAGUCGGCGCCUUCCUGCUCAUCGUCCCUCUCCGCUUCGCCGGCUCCAAGGUCAACCACCACUUCGGAGCCCUCGCUCUUGACGCCCUUACCGCUAUCUUCUGGUUCGCUGGUUUCAUUGCUCUCGCUGUCUGGACAAACCGCUGGCACACCGCUGGUGGCUUUAUCGUCACCGGCCGGAUUUACAACUGCGCGGCGGCCGCCAGUGUCUUCGCUGCCAUUGAAUGGCUCCUUUUCACCGCCACCACCGUCUUGUCCGGUCUUCACUCCAACCGCAGCCGCGGUAGCAUCACCAAGAGCAACACCGCCGCCACUCCUGCGGCCACUGUCUAAGCAUGUCUACUUACAACGACAGUGACAGAGACAUACGCAUAAACACUGCGGAAAGCUAUCGGAACGAUGUGCUUGAGUGCCUGUGUCAACCACCACGACGACACUGAUCCCCCUCGACGAUGCGAUUGAAAGUUUUGGGCUUCAUGAGUUUUGUAUUCCUUAUUUAUUACUGCUUGCUUGUGAUACCACCUCAGUUCGAAGCGUUUCGCGCCUCAUGAGCCACCUUAAUGACCAUAGCGCUCCGCGCUCCUCUAAUGACUAUUCUUCUACACCA